AUGAGGUGUGUGUCAACUGUGCAUAAGUGCGAUGUCGUUGGAUUGGCCAUUCCCCCUGUGGGAGGACUACCAGUAUCGGAAUUAAAUCAACUCGAGUUGGAAUUUCUCAUAUUGAACGAUUUUCGUUUAGCAAUAAGUGUGGAAGAAUUACAACGAUACGGCGAUCAAUUACUCAAACAUUGGAUAUUAGAAGAGGAAAUGAAACAAGGGGGGAGCAUAUAUGAUGGUAUGCGAUUUCAAAAUAGUCCUGUUAAUCUUAGAUGGGAUUCGGGGCAUAACUUUGAAAAGAACGUCACACAACCUAAACGGACACGACGUUUACAUUCUAACGAUGACACAAAUAUAAGAAGUGGUGGUUCAAAGCCAUUGAAAGAUGAUGAUCAAUUUGAUAAUGGUUACUAUUUUAGUCGCCAUCGUCGAGAUAACAGUUUCUCAUCAACAAAAUCAUUGAAUAUCCCAUAUCAAUCCUCUUUAACUUCAUCUCCGCAACCAUAUUCAACGCAUAUAUCAAAAACACCACCUCCACCAUCUUUAUGUGGCUCUUCACCAUCUACUUCAAGUAGUUCACUUCCCAUUCCAAAUUCUAUAAAUGGUUCACCAAUGCACACUCCUUUUGCUUCAAGUAGUAUGUUUAAUAUCCAUCCACAUUAUCAUUUUUUACAUAAACCAUAUCCUCAUCAUACACACCAUCGGUCAGCGAGUAUAGAAGGGUCGACCAUAAAACGGGCGAAUAGCAGCGGCUCUUUACUGAGUCGUGCAAGGGGUUGUGAUUUAUCUGACGAUUUACAAUAUCAAAGACGUUCCUCACCGAAAUCGAUUAAUCCUGAAGAUCACGCUUAUCGGACUGCCGCUGUUUCUCCGUAUUAUUCUGCACAAUUAACGACUCCAAUGAAUAAUAGUAAUAGAGGCGUUCCUCAACAACCAACUUUGGUAAAUCCAUCUCCUACACGGAACAUCUCAAAUUUUAUGAGACGCAUGUCUCAUGAUUCACCCGCAAACACAUCACAAUAUCCACCGUCUACUUAUCAUUACGCUGGAUAUCCUCCUCAAUCAUCAACGCAGUCUCUACCAACUACUCCCGUGACUACAUUACCUUCAAUGCAGGGAAUAUCGUUUAAUCCUUCAGUAAUAAGUAACGCCGCUCAUUCUACUGUUACUGCUGCUUUGAAUUAUGCUCGAAGAGCUUCUGUUGUUUUGCCACAAAUACCACGUAAUUUAGGUGGAAUUCAUAGCAGUAUGCCUUCGCCAGUAUCAACUGUCGCUCCUGAUAACAUGGGUCCUGGACUGGUUAGACGUGGAUCAUUUCCUACAGUAUUGAAACCAAGGAGUUCUAGUUCUAAUGUAGUAAUGAACAAUGGAUCUUCGUCAGCACAAACGUCGGUAUCUUCAAAUCCUAUAAUGGUUAAUGGUCAUGGACACACAAGUGGUAUAGGAAACAUAUUUCAUAAAUUUACUAAAAGAGGCAGUUGGGUAAUUGUUAAUCAUCCUCAAUCGAAUACCAAUCCUGGGCAUUAUAAUCACCAUGCGCAUCAAGCUAAUCAUCAGCAUGGCAAACUUAAUAAACAUGGCUAUUAUUACCAGCAGAGUUAUGACCACGGCACUGUAUCUCGAUCAUCUUCAUCUGAUUCUUGCCAUUCUUCAUCGACUACAGGUUCGGAUACUUCAGGAGGCUCAGGAAUGGAAUCAUCUCUCCCGACAUCGCAAACUACCACAAGUGGAAGUGAUAGUUCAAAUAUAAAUG